AUGACCAUUGUGAUCCAUUGUAAAUAUGGCCUGAACACCUGUAAGAAGAUGGACGAGCUGGGAGCCAAGGGGCCGUGGGCGGACUGUGUGUUAUCCACUGGGGUCUACCACUGCUUCUCUCUGUCGCAGAUGCUUGAAUUGCCAGCCCACAUCCAGACCACCCGCGCCCUCAUGAUCACGGGCUCCAUCCUGGGACUGCCGGCCCUCGGUGUCAUCCUCAUGUCUCUGCACUGCAUCAACGUGGGCAACGAGCCUCAGAGCGCCAAGAACAAACGCACCGUGAUCGGAGGCGUCAUCACACUUAUCAUGGCUUCUAGAGCAAAGCAGCGGAAAGGACAGCGGGACGAAGACGUUUGGCUAACCCGGACAGGAGAAGAGUUUCUCGCGUCAGCUGAGCUGGGACUCGGGCAGGGAACAGGUACGGGACUACGAGCGCUAAAAAGCAUCUCACAUUGCACCAAACUUCCGCAGCGGGACAUGGCGCUCGUUGGCCUUUCAACCGAGGACCUGCUAACGAAGAUACGUGAGGCAGGUGUAGAGGUGACAGAAGUCGAAGCCCAGAGAUUCAGAGAUAGUGAGAGGAGAAGUUUGGUGCGGAGCAUCAAGAGAGACCUGCUCACUCUUCCUGAGGACGAACUGAUCCUAUUCGCCAAGUCACUGGGGCCCAUGCCCGGAGUGGACCUGUCACGUCUCACGUCAGAGGAUGAGGAGAGUUGUUUCCAGUACAUCAGUGGUGUGAUGAACAAGGGACAUCGAGCCAUGGGCUGUCUCAAGAAACCAUCGCGUCAGGGAAACUGGGACCGGUCUCUGUCAAGGGACAACCAGUGA